UGUGAAGCUCCAUUUGUCUGGCUGUACAGAGUGCGAAUUUUGGUUGUUGGAGUAUGGAAGAACAAGGGCAGGUGGUCCAGCUCACGCAGGAGGAGCAUGCGGCACACUUGGCGCAGAUGGAACAGCAGCUCAAGGUGUUCUGGGCAGGGCAACUGGCAGAGAUGGAAAAGCUUGAAGUGGGCAGCGAACAAGAUUUCAAGAACCACAACGACCUGCCACUCGCCCGAAUCAAACGCAUUAUGAAGUCGGACGAAGAUGUGCGGAUGAUCAGUGCAGAAGCUCCCGUUCUUUUUGCCAAGGCGUGUGAGAUGUUCAUUUUGGAGCUCACGCUGCGGUCGUGGGGGUACUCUGAAAAGAACAAGCGUCGCACAUUGCAAAAGGAAGACAUUCAAACUGCGAUUCGGAAUACCGACAUCUUCGACUUCCUCGUCGAUGUCAUCAACUAAAUGAGUUGUCUUGUCCGACCACGGCGUUGGCAAUUCAGCCCCUAUGCCACAUGUCCCCUCUGUAUGUCUUGAUGAUCCUCCCAAAGGGAUUUCUGUGCAAGCUCUCAACCAACUGCGCUCACGGUUCUAUUUGGCGCCUAAAAUAAUUUGAUACCCCGUAAUUCUUGCGCUUCUCGA